UUUCUAUGUGUUCUUGUCUGAUUCAUUGUCCGUCCGAUUUUAAUUGGAAAUUUGGGAUUGAAAUUUUUCCUCUGAUCAACAAAGAUAUUGGGUUGAUACCCUUAUUUCCUCUUAAUUGUGAAAUAAUUCACGAAAAAUUCUAAAGGGUAUCGUAAUACUCAUAUGGCUGUACAAGCAUAGUAUUUAUUACUCGACUAUCUCGCUAGAUAUCAGUUGUCAAAGUGCUGUGUUGUUGAUUUCUGGUAUUGUAUAUUUUUUGUAUUUCAUCAUGUCUGGGGGUCCUUACAAUUAUUCCUAUAUCUUCAAGUAUAUAAUUAUUGGAGAUAUGGGGGUCGGUAAAUCUUGCCUUCUCCAUCAAUUCACUGAAAAGAAAUUUAUGGCUGAUUGUCCCCAUACAAUUGGAGUUGAGUUUGGAACCCGAAUUAUUGAUGUUUGUGGACAAAAAAUAAAGCUGCAGAUAUGGGAUACUGCUGGACAGGAACGCUUCAGAGCUGUUACUAGGUCAUAUUACAGGGGAGCUGCAGGAGCACUGAUGGUUUAUGAUAUAACAAGACGUUCUACAUACAAUCAUUUAAGCAGUUGGCUAACAGAUACUCGUAAUUUGACUAACCCUAGUACUGUUAUCUUUCUUAUUGGUAACAAAUGUGAUUUGGAAGCACAGAGAGAUGUAACAUAUGAAGAAGCUAGUAAAUUUGCAGAGGAAAAUGGUUUGAUGUUCGUUGAAGCUAGUGCUAAAACGGGGGAUAAUGUAGAAGAAGCCUUCCUAGAGACUGCAAAAAAAAUUUACCAAAGCAUCCAAGAUGGACGAUUGGACUUGAAUGCAGCAGAAUCUGGUGUUCAGCACAAACCAUCGACACCUGGUAGAAACAAUUUAUCAAACGAUAGUCAGGGUAGUAAAGAUAAUUGCUCUUGCUAGUUAUUCUGCUAAGCUCUUGUUUUAUCUGUUUGAUUUUAAUACUGAUUAUUUUCAUUGUUCUAUAUAGUUGAAUAUUAUGAACGAAUUCUGUAUUAAAAUAACCUAUCAAUGAGUAUUUCUGAUCAACUCAAAUCAAUCUAUAUUUUAGUAUUAGAAAUCUCACAAAUUGAAUAUUUAGUGUUAUAUACAUACCUUUCUGAUUCUUCAUAAUGUUUGGAACAAUUCAAGAACUAUGCAGUGUGUUGCAUAUAUCAUAAUCUUUAUGUAUUUGAACCUACUGGAAUUUUUGAAAUUUGGUUUUGUCAUCUAAAAUGGCUCCAACUAAAUAUUUCGAAAUGAAUGAACCUAGUCUAAUUUUUCAUUACUCAAAAAAAGAUACAAAUUUUGAAAUGAAUACACUUAAUCGUUCAGUAUUCAAAUAAUAUAUCUAUAAAUUAAUUUUGUUCAAUUUAUUUUCAAUAUCUUUUCAUAUUAAACUGCAUUAAAUUCUCUUCUCUUAUUGCUAAACAAAUAGCCUAUUUCAUGAAAGCUUUUCUCAAGCUGCCUCUUUUAUUUGAAUAGAAACGUGAUAUUUAUAUUGAAAAGGGAACUAUUGGUUUUGAUAAGUAUAUAAUCAUAAUGCAAAAAAAUAGUUGAUUGUAAAUGAAAAGUCAACCAUAUGGAUUUUGGUUCAAAAAUGUUAAACUGUAAUGAACAAUUUUCUGGGCCAUUCGUAUUCUGUGGGACAAGCAGUUUGUAAAAAGUAAGAAUAUAAAUGUAUGGAUGUAAUUUAUAAUUUUAACUUUUGGGUAUUCUUGAUUAAUUUCGUCAUAGCUGUAGGACUCUCUGCUAUUAUUAGAGAUGGUAAUUAUUUCAGUUUUGAAGAAAAAAUUUCAUUGAAAUAAUUCCAAAGAAAUUUUUUUUUCUUGUAAAUAUCGCAAGGUGCUUUGUUUGAUUGAAAUUAUAUCUCAUUUUUUUUUGUAAUAGUUACAACAGAAUCUUAAUAAAUCUCACAAGUGACAUGUUUUGUGAAGAAAUUAUUCAAUUAUAGGAAAGAUCGAUUUUAUUUUUGUAAAUUGUAUGAUUAAUGAGAUAACGGCUUUUUGAACUAUCAACUGAAACAUUUUAAUAUCAUAAAUAUACUAUAAUAUUUACGAAACAUUAUUUCUAUGUAAUUAUUUCGGUUCUUUAUGUGAUGUAUUUGUUAUUGAAUCAAAUAUAAAAUAGUGUUAAUUUGAA